GUCAGUCUUCGGCGCGACCGAAGACGUCUAGGACUCACGUGAAGGGGCACGCUUCUCCCCACUUCCACUCCCCUCCCUCUCUCCCGGCUCCGGGGCCGCAGCGCUCCUCCGGAACGGCGGUGCCAUGAAGGAGACGCCGUUAUCUAACUGCGAGAGGCGCUUCCUGCUCCGAGCCAUCGAGGAAAAGAAGCGCCUGGAUGGUAGACAGACCUAUGACUACAGAAACAUCAAAAUUUCAUUUGGAACAGACUAUGGCUGCUGUAUUGUGGAACUUGGGAAAACAAGAGUUCUUGGGCAAGUUUCCUGUGAACUUGUUUCUCCAAAGCUCAAUCGGGCAACAGAAGGUAUUCUUUUCUUCAACCUUGAACUCUCUCAGAUGGCCGCUCCAGCUUUUGAACCUGGCAGGCAGUCAGAUCUCUUGGUGAAGUUGAAUCGACUUUUGGAAAGAUGUCUAAGAAAUUCGAAGUGUAUAGACACCGAAUCUCUCUGUGUUGUUGCUGGCGAAAAGGUCUGGCAGAUCCGUGUGGAUCUCCAUCUGUUAAAUCAUGAUGGAAACAUUAUUGAUGCUGCCAGCAUUGCCGCGAUUGUGGCAUUGUGUCACUUCCGGAGACCAGAUGUGUCUGUACAAGGUGAUGAGAUCACCCUGUACGCGCUGGAAGAACGAGAUCCCGUCCCUUUGAGUAUCCACCACAUGCCCAUCUGUGUCAGUUUUGCCUUCUUCCAGCAAGGAACUUACUUAUUAGUAGAUCCCAAUGACCGAGAGGAGCGUGUCAUGGAUGGCCUGCUCGUGAUUGCCAUGAACAAACACCGUGAGAUUUGUACCAUCCAGUCCAGCGGGGGGAUCAUGCUGCUCCAAGAUCAGGUUCUGAGGUGCAGUAAAAUCGCUGGUGUGAAAGUGGCGGAAAUCACAGAACUCAUACAGAAAGCCUUGGAGAAUGACAAGAGAGUGAGGAAAGAAGGUGGAAAGUUUGGCUUUGCAGAAUCAAUAGCAAACCAAAGGAUCACAGCUUUCAAAAUGGAAAAGGCCCCUGUUGAUACAUCAGAUGUGGAAGAGAAAGCAGAAGAAAUCAUAGCUGAAGCUGACCCUCCUUCAGAGGCUGUUUCAAAACCGGUGUUAUGGACUCCUGGGACUGCCCAGAUUGGAGAGGGGAUAGAAAGUUCCUGGGGAGAUCUGGAAGAAGAAGAGGAAGAGGAUGAAGGUGGCAGUGAUGAAGUCACCAUUCUUGACAGUGUCAAGAUGGAAACAGAAGACCAGAAUGUUGGAAACCAUGUCAGCGAUGAUACUCCUAUAGUGCUGUCAGAUAGUGAAGAAGAUGAAAUCAUUAUUUUAGAACCAGGAGAAAAUCCAAAGAAAACAAGAAUACAGGCCAACUCCAAACAGGACAAAGUCUUUAGUAAAAAAGCCAUUAGAAAGAAGAAAAAGAAGCCUGCUAACUAAAGCUUCCAAAAUACACUAUUGUUAAGUACAUUUAGGACUGUUGCGUAUUUUUACAUGUAUUUUUUCUUGAUUUGAAAUAAAGUAUCUAGAAAAUA